GAAGUGUUAAACGAGUUUGCUGUGAGCACUUUCUGCAACCACAUGCAUUUGGGUAGCCUUUGCUAUCUAAGGUCAGGUUUCACAUGCUCUCCAUUCAUUGCCUGCUUUGGGAGAAGGUAAAAAGGAUAUAUUUUGAAUGGCACUCGCUUUUGUCUAAUAAUGUGCAUGAACUGAGCACAGCAGAAUUUUGUAAAAUUGUGUUGCUACGACAUCAGCAUUUACGAGCAACUAUUUUUCAUCAUGGAGAAACACUUGGCAUUUUUAUUUCUCAUAUCGUCUUUAAUUACAAAUACCAUCACUUUAAUGAAAACAGCUGAACAGGCAAAGAACAAAUGUGACGAGAAGGCACUUGUUACCACAAAAACCAAAUGCAGGUCUUGUUCCCUCAACUAUGAAAUCAGUUGUCCUGAAGGUUAUACCAAAAUCACCAAUAGUUCUGGGAUACGUGACUGCAGGUACUACCUUGAAAUCAGGAGUUUUACCCUCUCCCUCCCUGGAUGCCGGCACUUAUGCAUGAGGGAAUUCCAGCAGUCGCAAUGUUGCCAAGGAUAUUGGGGGCCCGAAUGCCUAGAAUGUCCUGGUGGAGCAGCAUUGCCCUGUAAUAACAAGGGGCGUUGUUUUCAAGGUGUUAUCGGAAACGGAACCUGCACCUGCAAGAAAGGCUUUGGUGGAACUGCCUGCGAAAAAUGUGCAGAAGACAAUCUCUAUGGACCUAAUUGUACCUCAGUAUGCAGCUGCAUUCAUGGAAUAUGCAACAGUGGGAUAACUGGAGAUGGAAAAUGCACAUGUUUGUCUGGAUACAAAGGUCCUAGCUGUGACCAACCAAUCCCCGAAUGCCAAGCCUUGCGCUGCCCAGAAAACUCCAGGUGCUCCCUCUCCAGUAGAGAUGAAAGCCAAAUGGAAUGCAAAUGCCUCCCCAACUAUGAAGGAGAUGGCAAACAGUGUGAACCCAUCAACCCAUGCUCAAAGCAGGUUUGUGAUCCUCAUGCCGAUUGCCUCUACCUUGGACCCAAUCGUCACAAAUGUACAUGCCAGUAUGGUUACACGGGAGAUGGCGAAGUUUGCAUACCAAUAGAUCCUUGCCAGACAAACUUUGGGGAUUGCCCCACCGAGUCUACUGUCUGCAAAUAUGAUGGCCCUGGAAAGUCCCACUGCGAAUGCAAAGAACAUUUCAGAAAGUUUGUACCUGGACUUGGGUGCAGUAUGACGGAUAUCUGUGCAACUCACAACCCCUGCCAUAAAUAUGCUGAAUGCAGAAUGGCUGCACCAGGACAAACUCAAUGUACAUGCCAAAAGGGUUAUGAAGGUGAUGGAUAUAUUUGCCACGGAAACAUCAUGGACCAGAUUAGAGACAUGAACACCAAACCUGGAGGGCAGUGGCAAGGAAAACUAAUAUCUGCUAUAGAACUCUUUGAAAAUGCCUACGAAUGGCCGCUGAAUACUUUGGGACCAUUUACAGUUCUUGUUCCAACAAGCAAGGGGUUCAAAGGAGUAAACGUUAAAGACAUUCUUUCUAAUAAAGAGAGUGCCCAGUAUUUUGUGAAGCUCCACAUACUUGCUGGUCAGCUGGAUCUGAAUGGGUUGAAUAGUACAAGUACAGUUUAUACUCUCACUGGCAAACCAGCUGUCAUAUUAAAUGAUGAAAAGGACAAUCUACUUAGAAUAAGAUUACAGGGAGGGAAGAAGAAAGUGAAAAUCUUACAAGCAGAUAUUGUCGCUUCCAAUGGAAUUGUGCACAUUGUUGAUAGAGCCCUGGACAAUACAGAACCAAGCUUUGAAAGUGAUAAAGAGAGAUCUAUAAUGGCAUUGCUUCAGGACAAAGUGAGAUACAGCAGAUUUAGAUCCAUACUAGAGAACAGCAUUGUGGGACCAAUGUUAGAUAUACAUCCAGGACCUAAUACAAUUUUCAUUCCAACCAACGAUGCUUGGAAGAGCUUGAAAGAUGGAGAACUGGACUACCUGUUGUCAAGUAAGGGUUCACGAAAGCUUCGCGAGCUAGUUCAGUAUCACAUUGUUCCUCACACCCAGCUGGAGGUAGCCAGCCUUAUCUCAAUAGGGCACAUCAAGACUAUGGCUCAACAGUUCAUCUAUUUUAACGUCACCAAUAGUGGACAAAUCCUGGCGAAUGGCGAACCUAUAGAAGAUGCAGACAUUGUUGCAAAAAAUGGCCGAAUUUACACACUUUCUGGCGUUCUCAUACCACCUUCCAUAAUCCCAAUUCUGCCACACAGAUGUGAUGAAGAGAGAAUUGAAAUUAAGAUGGGUACCUGUGGAAAAUGCCCAGCACUACACAGGAAUAGUUGUCCAGAAAAUUCAAAACCUGUUGCUUUCACAAGGAAUCGAUGCAUUUACCAUGAACAGACCUUUCUCAGAUAUGGGUGUGCUAAAUACUGCAAUGUAACAAAAAAGGAGCCAAAGUGUUGCAAAGGAUUCUUUGGCCCAGAUUGCAAUCAGUGCCCUGGUGGCUUUUCCAAUCCCUGCUCAGGAAAUGGACAGUGUAUGGAUGGCAUGAAAGGCAAUGGGACUUGUGUUUGUGAUAGGAAAUUUGAAGGAUCACACUGCCAGUUCUGUUCAAACCCAAACAAAUAUGGACCACACUGUGACAAAAAAUGUAUGUGUGUUUAUGGUAAGUGUGACAACCAAAUAGACAGUGAUGGGAUCUGCCUUGCUGGUUCAUGCAAAAGUGGAUAUGCUGGAAAAUUAUGUGACACACAGGUGUUUCCAUGCGGGACUUUUCUUCAGUUCUGCCAUGCACAUGCCGAUUGCCAGUUUACCAAUGGUGCUAUGAGCUGCAUUUGUAAGCCGGGAUACGAAGGAGAUGGAAUAAUUUGCAGCGAAGUAGAUCCUUGUGCUAAUUUAAUUCCACACAGCUGCAAUGCUAAUGCAGAAUGUGUUAAGACUGGCCCUGGGACCCAUGAGUGCGUGUGCCAGCCAGGAUGGACAGGAAAUGGCAAAGACUGUUCAGAAAUCAACAACUGUCUGUUGCCAAAUUUUGGAGGGUGUCAUAGUAAUGCUACUUGCCUAUAUAUAGGUCCUGGUCAGAAUGAUUGUGAAUGUAAGGAGGGAUUUCGAGGAAAUGGAUAUGAAUGUGAACUGAUAAACUCUUGUUCAGAACAAAAUGGAAAGUGCCAUCCACUGGCUGCUUGUCAGUUCACAUCUUCUGGAGUCUGGGAAUGUGUAUGUUCAAAGGGCUACGAGGGAGACGGCAGCAUAUGCUAUGGAAAUGCAGCGGAGGAAUUGUCUUCUCUGUCGGAAGCAGCUGGAUUUAAUGAGUGGGUUGGUGCAGCUGGAGUGAAGACAUUACUGGCAGAUGCAGCAAAUCUAACCCUCCUUGUGCCUUCUCAGCAAGCAAUUCAAAACAUGGACCAAGAGGAGAGAAAUUUCUGGAUGUCAAAAAACAACAUCCAAACUCUAAUAAAGCACCAUGUAUUACAGGGAGCAUACACAGUUUCUGACCUCCAAACCUUGUCGUCAUCCAAUGGGCUGGCAACAUCUCUGCUUGGAAACUUCCUGGCUUUGUCCAAAGAAAGUGGAAAUUUUUCUGUUGAUGGAGCCAACAUCGUAGCAGGUGAUAUUGCAGCAACAAAUGGGAUUAUACAUGUAAUUGAUAAGGUUCUGACACCCCUUCGGGGAGUCAGUGGCACAUUGCCCAAACUGCUUGCCCGCUUAGAACAGAUGCCAGAUUACUCCAUUUUCAGGGGUUACGUUAUUCAGUAUAAUCUGGCAAGUGAAAUAGAAGCUGCUACCACUUAUACCAUUUUUGCCCCAAGCAACAGUGCCAUUGAAACCUACCUCAAGAACAAACAGUUAACCUCCCUGGAUGAAAACCAGAUCCGAUACCAUGUUAUUUUAGAGGAGAAGCUGCUGAAGAAUGACAUGCAUAAUGGGAUGUUCAAGGAAACCAUGCUUGGAUUGUCCUUUAGAGUGGGAUUCAUCAUUCAUGAUGGCCAGCUCUACAUAAAUGAGGCGCCCUUAAGUUACCCAAAUGUUGCAACCGAUAAAGGAAUAAUUCAUGGACUGGAAAGGGUAAUGGAAAUCCAGAAGAACAGAUGUGAUAGCAACAAUACUGUGAUAGUACCUGGAAAGUGUUUGUCGUGCUUGGCCGUACCUAGCUGUCCUAUUGGAACUACACCACUGAAAUACAAGAAAGUGAGCUGCUUGUAUCUCCAUUCCGAAAGAUUCUCCCUUCGCUACGGAUGCCAGCCAAAAUGCAGUAAAAGCACAAUUACCAGGGAGUGUUGUGCGGGCUUCUAUGGCCCUCAGUGCGAGCCUUGUCCAGGACUGACUGGAAACACUUGCUUUGGAAAUGGAAUUUGCUUAGAUGGCCUCAAUGGCAAUGGUACUUGUGAGUGUGAAGCAGGAUUCGAGGGAGUAGCCUGUGAAAAAUGUAUCAAGGGCAAAUAUGGCACCGGCUGUGAUCAAGAGUGUCCUUGCAUCCAUGGGAAAUGCAACGAUGAUAUUAAAGGCGAUGGCUCUUGCGAAUGUGAUGUUGGCUGGAGAGGUGUGAAAUGCGACGAAGAAAUCAAAGAUGAUAAAUGCAACCGUAGCUGCCACACCAGUGCCAACUGCCUUCUCAAUUCCUAUGGCAGAGCAUACUGCAAGUGUGCAGCAGGGUUUAAAGGGAACGGGACAUAUUGUACAGCUAUCAAUGCAUGCGAAACCAGCAAUGGAGGUUGUUCUCUCAAAGCAGAAUGCAGACGCACCACUCCAGGAAACAGAGUGUGUCUUUGCAAUGCAGGUUACACUGGAGAUGGGAUCGUCUGCUUUGAAAUCAAUCCCUGUGUGGAGAAUAAUGGUGGGUGUGAUAAAAAUGCAGAGUGCACUCACACUGGACCCAAUCAGGCAGCGUGUAAUUGUUUAAAAGGAUAUUCUGGCAAUGGCAAAUCAUGCACCUACAUCAGUCUCUGUUCAUUUGAUAAUGGUGGCUGUUCGCAAAAUGCCAUCUGCAAUGAUACUGAAUACUCAGAAAGGACCUGUACCUGUCGACUCAGUUACGUUGGAGAUGGAUUUACUUGCAGAGGCAGUAUAUUUCCGGAACUUGCAGCAGAUUACAACACUACUCGGUUUAAGGGAUAUCUAACGGACUCUAACAUCAAUGACAUUGUCGGAGCCGGCCCAUUCACUGUUUUUGCACCAAUCAACCAAGCAUAUCUAACCACACCAAAAGUUCAGGACUGGAGUCUCAAAGGUUGGAUGCCCCAGAUUCUUCGCUAUCAUAUUGUAGGCUGUACAGCGCUGCUCUCUAGUGAUAUGACAUCUGAUAAAACUGUCACCACUCUCCAUGGAGAUCAGCUCAAGAUCACAUUCUCACAGAAUUCAGUUUUUUUGAAUGGAGACGCUAAGAUUUUAACCAGUGAUUUAAUCUGCACAAAUGGGGUAAUACAUCUCAUAGACAAGGCCUUGUUUCCACAAAGGAUUCAAGAGUUCCCUCCUGGACAACCAAAAACUCAAAGGGAAAACCUCAAAGUGAUUGCAGCAAAAAAUGGGUACAUCAUGUUCUACAAUUUGCUAGAGAGUUCAGGACUGAUGGGUCUCAUUAACGAUCCUCUUCAUCAACCAGUCACCUUGUUUUGGCCCUCUGACAAAGUAAUCAGGGCUCUGCCAAAGGACCAGCAGGAUUCAUUGUUUAAAAUGUCAAACAAGGAGAAACUGCUUCAGUAUUUGAAAUUCCACGUUAUUGGAAGUGCUAAGAUUUUAGCCUGUGACCUCCCUAGCUCUACUUCACUGAAGACUCUUCAAGGUUCUGAUCUCAGUGUGAUAUGUGGCAAUGAUGACAGCAAUACUGGUGACCUGUUCCUCAAUGAAAGAAGGUGUAAGAUUGUACAAAGGCAUAUUGAGUUUGAUGGUGGCAUCGCUUAUGGUAUUGACUGCAUGUUAACAGAUCCUGUCCUUGGAGGUCGAUGUGACACCUUUAUCUCUUCUAAUAUUCCGGGAGACUGCACUGCUUGUUACAUAACUCCUCGGUGCCCUGCUGGAUCUAAAGUGACGGGAGAGGUGAAGAGAUGUAUUUACACUCUCAACCACAGGACCUUGAAGGGGUGUCAGAAGGAUUGUUCUAUGAUGGUCAGGAUACCACACUGUUGCAAGGGCUACUUUGGGAAUGAAUGUCAAGCCUGCCCAGGAGGGUCAGAAACUCCAUGUAAUAACCGUGGUUCAUGUGAUGAAGAAUAUGCUGGCACAGGAGAAUGUACAUGCAAUGCUGGCUUCAAUGGGACUUCAUGUGAGCUCUGUAUGCCAGGAAGAUACGGCUUGGAUUGCAAAUCCUGUGAGUGCACAUCACAUGGACAGUGCGAUGAAGGAAUUUAUGGAUCAGGACAGUGCUUCUGUGAAACUGGAUGGACUGGACAGCUCUGUGAAACCAAAAUCGCUUUAACUCCUGAGUGUUCACCCAACUGUUCCAUUAAUGCUGUUUGCCAAGAGCAAAACAUCUGCCAGUGCAAACCAUACUAUAAUGGAGAUGGAAUCACGUGUACAGCUGAGGAUCUUUGUAAGAAAAGCAACGGUGGCUGCCAUAAGAAAGCAAAAUGUGUACAAACUGGUGUGCAAGUCAAUUGCACAUGUCAGAUAGGAUACAAAGGGGAUGGGCACACCUGCAUGGCUAUCAACCCUUGCACCGAUGGGUUUAAUGGUGGUUGCCAUGAACAUGCAAUUUGCACCAAGACGGGACCUGAUAAGCGCACGUGUCAAUGCAAAGAUAACUACAUUGGCGAUGGAAUUGAUUGUGAGGUGAAACAGCUACCGGUAGACAGAUGUUUGCAAGAUAACGGGCAAUGCCAUGCCGAUGCUAACUGUGCCGAUCUCCAUUUCCAAGAUACUACUGUUGGAGUUUUUCAUGUAAGUUCUCCAAAUGGUAAAUAUAAAAUGACUUACGACACAGCAAAUAAGACCUGUGCAGACGAAGGAGCAACAAUGGCUACUUACACUCAGCUUGUCUAUUCACAACAGGCAAAGUAUCAUCUAUGUGCUGCUGGCUGGCUGGCGAAUGGAAGAGUAGCCUAUCCGACUGCCUUCUCUGCCCCCAGAUGUGGUGGAGGAGUUGUUGGGAUUAUCGACUACGGGUACAGAGUCAACAUGAGUGAAACAUGGGAUGUCUACUGUUACAGAGUCAAAGAUGUCAACUGCACCUGUAAAAUUGGUUAUGUGGGUGAUGGAUUUACAUGUAGUGGGAAUCUGCUUCAAGUCCUCACUUCUUUGUCAAAAUUUACAAACUUUGUCUCAAGAAUACUGACUUACUCAAACACAUCAAAGCAAGGCCAAGAGUUCCUGAAAUACAUCACAAAUUUAUCCACUCACGCAACACUGUUUGUACCAGGCAAUGACGGGCUGAAGGAAAAUGAGACACUUUCCGGAAGAGACAUUGAAUAUCAUUUAUCCAACACUGGUGCGUUCUAUUAUGAAGAUUUGACCAAUGGAAGUACCCUUCAAACCAGAAUAGGGGAAAAACUGUUAAUUACACACACUGGAGGCCAGAUUUCUGCAGCUAAAGAGGUGGAAAAACGGUAUGUGGCUGGGCAAGCUAUCCUCGAAUGGGACAUCGUUGCUUCCAAUGGGGUCAUCCAUGUCAUCACAGCACCUCUGAAGGUUCCUCCUGUGCCCCAUGCCUCUCUACAUCCCGGAAUUGGAAUAUUCUUUGCAGUCCUCCUGGUCAUAGGAAUCAUUGCUCUAAUCGGAUAUUCAUACUUCAGAUUUAAGCAGGGAACAGUUCGUUUCCCAUAUUUCAAGCAAAAGGAUGAUAUUGAUGUAACCACACUGGACAGAGCACCGUCUUCAAACAUCUCAAACCCUAACUAUGAAAGCUCCACAACUUCAGCACCAGACUCUUCUUAUGAUCCAUUUUCUGUUUCUGAUGAACAACAACUGGUGAGCAGUGGUCCCCAGGAUGAGAUCUGAUGCCUGAAUGUGGAGAUAAAAUGAGCAACUUUUCAGCUGAAGCAAUGUGAAGAUACAAGGAAAUGCCAAGAAUUGUCUGGCUUUAGGGAGGGACGUUUGAAGACUAUGGUAAAUUCUCAGCAAAGUUGCUGAAGGCAGUUCGGUUUCUUUCAACACUGUUUUACUAUUAUAUUGUACAGUUCCUACUUUCCCGACAUCCAGUUGUUCUUCAGGGUUUUCUACUGUUCUGCUUUUAACUCAUAAUUUUCAUGGGGAAAGGAGUGUUCCUUACUAUAUGCUGCAGAUAUAGUUAGCUAUACAUUUAAAAAACAAAAUAAUGCAUAAUAAAGAGUGAACAUGG